AGAAGAACCCGGAAGUUGCUAGCAGCGUUAGCUUGUUGUGCGGGUGUGUGAGGUGAACCUCUGAGGCUCUGCAGCAACAAUGUCUUCAGCUCAGUCUCUGAGAGAGUUUAUCAGAGAGCGGCUAACUGAUGCUGCAGCAGAAAUAUUCUCCGAGUUUGAACAAACCAUCGUCCGCUACGAGGAAGAGCUCGAUCGUCAGCGCAGACUGCUGGAGAUCAGCUGGAAACCACAGAUCAACUUACACAGAAUAGAACUCCCGCUGCAUGAUGUCAGCAAAGAUGAGGAGGUUCUGACUGACCAGCAGCUCUGGAACCAGGAGAGGACCUCCAGUUUGGACCAGGAACAACCAGAACCUUUACAGGAGGGACCAGAACCUCCACAGAUGAAAGUGGAGCAGGAUGAGUCAGAACCUUUGCAGGUUCUAGAACAAGAGGAGCUCUGCAUGAGUCAGGAUGAAGAGCAGCUUGUACUGAAGCAGGAGACGGUGACCUCCCUUGUGACUCCUGCUGAUGAGGACAGAGACCACCAUGGACCAGAACCAGACAGACACCAGCUCCUUUUGUCACUGCUUCCUGAGGCUGAGAUCAGAGCUGCUGCUCCUCCAGGGUCCACAGGAACAGACUGGACUGCGUCCCGGAUACUCCUGCUGCCGCCAGCACUCCUCGCCAAAACUGAACAGCUGCUACACCAGAGCCAGCGUCUGUAGAGGCAUCAGCUUGUUCCAGCCAGCUGCUGGCAGCCUCUGCCCCCCUACACCAGCAUCUACACUGCACCUACAACCUACUAACUACCAGCAGCCCUGCCACCCCAGACCUGGACGGAGAAAAAGGGCGGGUACACUUCAGCCUACUGAGCAUGAGAUGCUCGGGUCAGAGGCUGAGCAGGAGGCAGAUGAAUGAACGGUUUAAUACCAUGAUGUGGUUCUUCAGUGAGCUGACAGAGAGGGAGUCUAAAGCAGACCCUCCACCAGCAGAAGCUCAUGGAGGGUCUCUUGUAUGCAGUGAACAUGUUAGCAGAUAAAAAGAAGUGAACUUAUGACUUCACGUGCACAAAGCAUAUCACGCACAUAUGAACAGUUAUUUUUACACUGAAAUACUUGAGUUUGUAGCAGAUAUGUUUUAAUAAAUGACUUGAAGAGUCAGAAGUAUUCUUUGUCUCUGAGUAAUGUCAGCUAGAUGUAGUUUGGCCACUAAAUAUUAAACUUUUUGUCUACGUUAAGCCUUUCUUAUCCUCUAGUGUGUAAUCUACUCCAGUUACUCAGGUGUGUAAUCUACUCCAGUUACUCAGGUGUGUAAUCUACUCCAGUUACUCAGGUGUGUAAUCUACUCCAGUUACUCAGGCGUGUAAUCUACUCCAGUUACUCAGGUGUGUAAUCUACUCCAGUUACUCAGGCGUGUAAUCUACUCCAGUUACUCAGGCGUGUAAUCUACUCCAGUUACUCAGGCGUGUAAUCUACUCCAGUUACUCAGGCGUGUAAUCUACUCCAGUUACUCAGGUGUGUAAUCUACUCCAGUUACUCGGGUGUGUAAUCUACUCCAGUUACUCAGGCGUGUAAUCUACUCCAGUUACUCAGGCGUGUAAUCUACUCCAGUUACUCAGGCGUGCAAUCUACUCCAGUUACUCAGGCGUGUAAUCUACUCCAGUUACUCAGGCGUGCAAUCUACUCCAGUUACUCAGGCGUGUAAUCUACUCCAGUUACUCGGGCGUGUAAUCUACUCCAGUUACUCAGGCGUGUAAUCUACUCCAGUUACUCAGGCGUGUAAUCUACUCCAGUUACUCGGGUGUGUAAUCUACUCCAGUUACUCGGGUGUGUAAUCUACUCCAGUUACUCAGGCGUGUAAUCUACUCCAGUUACUCGGGUGUGUAAUCUACUCCAGUUACUCAGGUGUGUAAUCUACUCCAGUUACUCAGGUGUGUAAUCUACUCCAGUUACUCAGCUCCUACCAUCUUUAUGCAGAUGACAUCCAACUGUACAUCUCCUUUAAGCCCCAUGAGAUGUCUAAGCUGCAGCUGUUACACACCUGCUUAGACUCUAUCAAAACCUGGAUGGUGGGAGCUUUCUACAGCAGAAUGAAGAUAAGACUGAGAUCCUCGUCUGUGCCCCAGACAAGCUGGUUCCCAAAGUCAGAGACUCUCUUGGUCAGCUUGCUUCUCACACCAAACCUUCUGUCAGGAAUUAGAAUUUGUCUCAUAACUCUUAAUAAUAUG